AUGAAUGUGAAUGUAGCAAAGCAAAAUAUGGCACCACAAAACUCAACCUUAAUAAAUUUAAUAAAUGAUGAUAUUAAAUCGAUAACAUCAGAGCGUUUGAGUCCUAUUGAGAGAAACGUAGGAGGGACGAGUUGCAGUGAUGAAGAAGAGGAUGAAUACGAUGACGAAAUUCCAAUAUAUAUUGGUCACGUAGCGCGUUAUGUCUCCGGAAUAAAUCGAAAAACAACAUGUAAUGACAUCAUAAAAGCUUUGAUCGAUGACGAAUUGGCCAACACGAAAGUUAGUAAACAAUUAAUUUGUGAGCCGCAGCACUACACCAUUUACGAGCGAUUUCAAGAUAUCGAGCACGCACUUGGUGGCGAUGAACUGAUUUAUGAUUUAUGGCGGAAUUGGGGCGGCCACCGAAAUGACGUACAAUUUCGUUUGAAAAUUAAGAAAGAAAGUAUCGAACCGGAUAAUGAUGAUGAUGUUGUUGUUGGUGAAUGUAAAUUAAAGUCAAAGAAGAUAAAGAAAACGGGAAUUAAGAAGCUAUUAAAGAAAGUUCUUCACCAAGGUGAAAUGAUUCAAAAGCAUCUUCAAGAGAUUGCUAAAGCGAAUAAUCUUCAACAACAAAUUUGCGAGUCUCGUGAAUCAUUCGCCUUUGAAUCUGAUGGACGAUAUUCGCCAUCGAUUGUGUCUGAAUGGAAGAAUCAUGUGGAUGCGACAGAUACUGAAGACGAGCUUUUUCUUGUCAUUGAGAAUAACAAUGACAACGACUCUGGCGUCUUCAUCACCAAAGAACAGUUUUUUCAUGACAUGGAAAUUGAUCAACCAAAAAGUAUCGACGGAACUCCAAAAAGGAAAUUUCGUAACAGUCGCGAUUUCCAAUCAUUGAAAGGUCAUGCAAUUACCACUUUGAACCCUCAAGAGAACUUCACUCGUGCAAGUGAUGAAUUCGAAUUCGCUCAUAAGCAAAUUUGUUCUGAGAUGAAUGGCGUCAAGGAAAUUAUUGAACAAGAACGCUCAUUUUUAAGAAAAAUCAAUAAAUUCACUUAUAACGAUCAUCAUCAAUUCAAUAACACUUCGCAGACGAAUUCUGAAUUUGUUGACAACAUUUAUGAAUAUUGUGAUAACAAUGAGACGAUAAUUGUUUGAUACUUUAAUGAUGAUUGGUUUGAUUUCUGUUACUGAAAUUAUCUAAACCAACAUCAACUUAAUCAACUAAAAUUGUACUCAAUAUGAAAUUUUACUCAAUAAAAUAUGAAAAUUAUUUUUCUACAAUUUU